AUGGGUCCGAUUGCGCCUCGGAUUGCAACAGCAGAGCUGCAACUGCGGGAGGGGUGGUUCAACUCUGCGGCUCGGUUUCGCGCGGUGGCCUACAGCAAGGGGACCUGGGGAGUGCGCGUUUUUGCCUUUCCGAGAAAUUGCGAACGUGUUUGUGGAGAUUGCGUUGGGAGGAAGAGGAAGUGGAUCUUGAGCGCGGGCCCCGCCCGGAAGAUCUGGGUUGCGCGGUCGUCGAAGAAUGCUGACGCUGAAGUUGGGGCUGUGACGAUUUCGGGAUCGGAGAGGAUCGAGCGGCGCGGGGCUGGCCCGCUGGAGGCUGGCGAGGGGAGCUAUGAGGAUGGAUGGGGCUCGGGGACGCAGGACUGGGAGGGGGCUGAGAGCGGUGCAAACCAGUCGAAAGGCCUCUUCGUCUUCAUGUCAGGGACCAUCCUUGUGGUGGGAGCAGCCAUGUUUGCUGGUGCCCGUGUCCUCCGUUUCUUGCAAAGCCAGGAACAGCUCCAGGUCUUUGGGUGGACUUUGCCGACAGCCACGACAUUGCGGGAGCAGGAACAUCGGGUAUCACCCUCCCAGGUUACAAGGCAGCCAUCUCAGGGUACAAGCCAAGUGACGAAUUCGCGUUUGAAGGCAGAUAAUGCUGCCACUAAAGAGAGCGUAGUAGGCAGCGCAAGUGGAGAUUAUGGACAGGGCGCAGAGGAAUCCUACAACAGCAAUGGAGGUCUGGGCAUGGCUGCCAAUACUGUGGAGAGUGGGGAGAGUUGGGGAUCGAUCGAUGAUUGGUCAAAUGUGGAUGAAGGGCCUGCUGGAUAUGUUGAUGGUUCAGCGGGUGCUGUUGGGGAAGAUGUGUUGCCUGUGGACUCGGCACCAUUGGCAGCUGAAACACCACUGGAAGGCAGUGACGAGGAGGCUGGAACUGCCAACGCCUCACCUCAAGCGGAGGAUCCCCAAGCUCUAUCGUCUGAAGAGGUCACCGCACUUGCCAGCCACUAUUCUAUGGAUUCACUGAGGGAACGUGCUCAGCUUGCAGCCAGAGCUGCUACAGCUGCCAGCGAUGCUGCUCAGAGAGCGGCUGCUUACUCGGCAGCCGCAUCCUCUGCAUCGUCAGCAGCAGUUGCAGCAGCUGAGAGGGCUGCCGCUGCAGCAGGCUCAGCACAAAUCGCGGUGGAAAGCUGCGCUGAAGAGGCCAUUUUGGAGGCACAGGACCGGGCUCUGAAAGCUGCUGAGACAGCAGCAAGAGCUGAAGACCGUGCUGCCAACGCCGCUGCCAUGGCAGCAGGAUACGAAGAUUCUGCAGAAGCGCAGGCAGCGUUUGCAUCGGAGGCAGCCGAUCUGCGACCGUACGGCGAGGAGAGCUUGAUGGAGAAAUGGCAGCAGUGGUGGUUUGCUGUGUGGACCCGAGUGGUCGGUUUUUCUCGCCAUGUGGCGGUUGUCAUUAUGGCAUGGAUGUCCCAACUGUUGCGCUUCAUCCGCCAUCUCGUCAUUUCGGCGGCAGGUGCAAUUCAAAGGGCCUCGUCCAACUGGCCACGGCCGUUUGGUAAAGGUUGA